AUGGGCCAUUGGGCGCCUUGCGAAGCAGCUCCUGCGAACUUGGCCACACCGGCGGAGUCCACUCCGCAUUGUGGAGUAUUAUUACAAGUCCGCCGGCACUGGCGUGGUUUCACUGCUUGUUCUACGGACCACACAAGCCUCCCGCUGCGCUUCGGUAUAUCACCCAAGAAUUCGCCUAAUCCAGCCUCUUUGGCGGAGGGAUUCAAAUUCCCGAUUCGUCAAGAAUGUUGGCCAGACUGGUCCUUGGCAGCACCGGCGGAUCUGUACCCUCAUGGUGGCGCCUUCUGCACGUUUCUUGAUUUGCCCACCUCAAAGGAAGCUCGACCAUCGCUCCUUUCCGCAUAUUUUCACUCGUCAACAUCCUCAGCUGGCUCCAAAGUUACCCAAACUCAAAGAAUCAACCAGCCUGCCCCUUCUAUCUUGAAAGGCUCGCGAGACCCUGCCGUUCCGCGUUCCCACUGGUUACAAGACCCAAGCAUGAAAUCCACCAUCGCCAUGCUUUUCAGCACCAUCGUGCUGCUGCUCAUCAAUGACGCAGUUCACACACAAGCCAAUGGAGACAGCACCCCACAGCCAGGGGAAAAGGUAAACACCGCUAGUUUAGGGCCAGGUCGCAAUGUCGGGGGCGCUCCCUACGAUGGUCCUGGGAAAGAGUUUUAUUGCAAUGCAAAAGGUGUACCAAUUUUUUGCCUAUUCCUUGCUAACAACAACCGCAAAACCGCCAAAGAUUUGAGUUAUGCAUAUGAUUGGCCGACAUCAUUCUUUCGCUGUCCUACAGGGACUUGGGGCAUUUGUUGUUCAAAGGAGCCCAAGUCGCUAACGGAUUAUGAAUGCUGCGAUUUUGCUCGCAGGUUCUCAAUCGCUAGCGACCGCUCCACUCUGGACGAGCCCAAGCCGCCUCCCGACUUCCAAGAAGCGACCCACAAAGUCCUGCCGGUCGAUGCCGAACAAGAAACCGUCGAGGCCGCCGCCGUCCUCUUAGGUCUUGGCCUCACCCGCCCCGUCGAACUCGUCAGCCAGCCCAAAGCGCAUCAUAAGCAACAACCGAUCAAGCCAUUAGAAGACCCGACCCGGGCGUUCAUCACCGAGAUCCUCGACGCCGACGCCCAGCUGAGCUCUUCCCGCGCCAACCGGCCCGCCAAGCCCCCCGACACAAAUCAAGACCCAAGCAUGAAAACUAAAUCCUCCAUUCUGAGCUCCAUCCUGCUGCUGCUCAUCAGUACAGGGUCUCAUGCGCGGGAAGCGGCAACCACCGGCCGAUCCCCCCCAUCCGCCCCCAACUUUGACCCCAACCGCUAUUAUACCCCACCAUCAAACCCCCCGCAACCGGGCGACACAUAUUGGGAAUCUCACAGUACUGCCGACAAAUACUACAUUCCUGUUUGCUUCGAAGGCAACCGGGCCCGAAAUAUUCCCAUAGAUAUAUCUAAGGAAAAGGGCCGGAGCAAGCCGUUUUUUGUCUGUCAAGAAAAUUCUAGGGGCUCUUUUUGUAAGAAGCUGUCCGAUGGCCUUCCUGAUCUGACCCGCUGUCACGAAGCGUAUCAAGUUAAAAAUCCGUAG